AUGCCGGCCAGGGUUGGUCUUAUUGAUCCUUUUCAAACUCAAAUCACCGAAUUGGUGCAACAGGGUCGAAAACAACCCGAAAUCAUAAGCAUUCUCAAAGAUACACACAAUCUCACAAUUUCCAGGUCCACCCUGCAGCACCGGCUUAAAGAAUGGGGCCUAUAUAAACCCCAACUACCCAAUACAGCCGCCAUUGAGAAACGAGUCCGAGAGCUGACAGGCACGCAUAAUUCGUCGGAGAUCCUCACAGUCCUAGAAGCCGAAAACCUGCCAACGUCAAAUCGAAGCUUACAACGCAUACGACGGCGUCUAGGUAUCAAACUCCGCCUCACACCUGAGCAGCGAGAGAAACAGAUGGCAGAGAUCAAAGAGGUUAUACUCGCGGAGAUCCAAAAGGGGGAAAUCAAGUGGUAUAGCAAGAGAUAUAGAUAUCUCCACUUCAAGCGAAUGGGCAAACCUUAUACUCGAGACCAGAUCCAUGCUGUAUGGCAGGAACUGUACCCUGAAACUUCCGCUUUGCGGACAAAAAUGACAACGCGCGUCUACAAGGAAGAUAUGCCGAAUACACUUGAUUCUGUGUCUCCCGAUAUAGAAGGUGAUUCUGAGUCACAUGCAGUUGAUGAUGAAUCUCAUGAAGAUGGGCAUAUGGAGCCGGAACAAUCUGGUACCGAGACGUAUAAUUCUAUUGACGGUGAUACCCGACGUUUCAUCGAACAUCUCGAAGUAGAGAUAGCCGCGGAGCGCUCGGCAAAUUCAGGAGUCUUACUGGAGAAGAAUGCUGUACUGCCACCAAUGGAAACCAUUCAGCCAUCGCCUUCGCGAAUGACAAGGCAGACAAAGUCUCAAGCGUUGAAGCGAUCUCGCCCCCUAGCGCCACAAUCACCCACGCGGAGGAGUACGCGGAGAAAGAUUGGACAUGAUGAGUGA